UCUCUCUAUAACUCUCUCUCUCUCAGUCAAACAGAGGAUUCUCCAUAGCCAGCUGUAGCUGAACGUGAUUCUCACUUCUGUGAUUGUUUCACUGAUGCUUUCUUCCCCCCUUUCUCUCUCUCUCUCUCUCUCUCUCUCUCUCUUCCGAUUCUGCCGAUGCUGACAUCCUGUACGUGGAUGCUGCUAAGGUGCACAAAGAGUGAAGGGAAUAGGAGAGAACUUUUAAGGCUGCUAUCAGUGCACUUUCUCUUGAAUCAAGACACGUUAGAUUGGUUGAUUUGCUGUCGAGAGACGAGUCAACAGUGGAAGGGUUUUUGUUGUAGUCGAUGACUCAUUUAGGUCAUUUUCCUCCUUCAGGACUCCUGGAUAUAAAUUUCUUUUCCUUUGCUCCACCUGUGGGUUUCCUUUCUACACUCUGUGGGGACUUUUAUGGAGUGUGAAAUUUGUCCAGCAAGUGUGAAGUUUGACAGAGCAUGGCCAGUGGAACCACAGCUGAGUGUUGAACCUCUUCUGUCCAGUAAGGCAGCCCAAACAUGACAACAGUGUCCAUGGAGCCUGUGGGAGUCCUGGUGGAAAGGGGCGGCAAUGCAACUGACCCUCCUCUGAACUCACUUGAAGAUACAGCCGCCACCUUUACCAUUGGAACCAUCCUCUCCAUCAUGUGUCUCAUUGGAGUCUCCGGGAACAUCUACACCCUGGUGGUGAUGUGCCACUCCAUGAGGUCUGCAGCCUCCAUGUACAUCUACAUCAUAAACUUAGCUUUAGCAGAUCUGCUGUAUCUUCUCACCAUCCCCUUCGUAGUCUGCACACACUUCCUGAAGGGAUGGUACUUUGGAGAUGCAGGGUGUCGGAUUCUGAUAAGCAUGGACUUCCUGACUAUGCACGCAAGCAUCUUUACUCUGACAAUCAUGAGUACAGAACGCUACUUUGCAGUGCUCAAGCCACUCGACACAGUGAAACGAUCGAAAAGUUAUCGGAAAGCUAUUGCCCUACUUGUCUGGGUAGCUUCUCUAAUCCUCACCCUACCGAUGAUCGUGAGAAUUCAACUGAUGGCAGUGGGCACCAAGCCUAUGUGUCAGUCCACUUUGUCACCGCUCUCCUACAAGAUUUACAUCUCCUUCCUGUUUUGCACUAGCAUUGUUGCUCCAGGACUGAUUAUUGGCUAUCUUUACAUCCAGCUUGCACGCACUUAUUGGAUUUCACAGACAGAGACAUUCAAGCAGACCAAAAAAUUACCAAAUCAAAAGGGCUGUGCUUCACUGUGA